UACAUUCAACAGGUUAUUAGACGCAAUCGGAACAACAUAGAUGAAAUCUUAACCGCUCCUGAUGGACAAGACGAAGUGGUCUGGGAGUACGAACAUCUUCGUCAGUUUUGCAUGGAGUUGAACGGGCUAGCAGUUCGUUUGCAAGAGCAGUGUACUCCACAGUCUUGUCCUCAAAUGAUUGCCACAGAACAAUGGAUAUUCUUGUGUGCUGCUCACAAAACUCCUAAAGAAUGUCCGGCUGUGGAUUAUACACGCCAUACUUUGGACGGUGCUGCGUGUUUGCUCAAUAGCACCAAAUACUUUCCCAGCAGGGUCAGUAUCAAAGAUACUUCAGUGAACCGACUAGAUUCCGUCUGCCGUCGGGUGUACCGAAUCUUUUCACACGCCUACUACCACCACCGACAGAUAUUUGAUCAGUUUGAAGACGCGACUGCCCUGUGUCGACGGUUCACUACGUUUGUGCUCAAGUACAACCUUAUCGGCAAAGAUCACCUAAUCGUACCUAUCGCAGGUGUGACAGGGAAUUCAUCUAUGGAGGCGCAAAUCUAG